AUGGUAAGCUUGAGGCCGGCGGCGCUUCCCUGCGGCUUCUGCCUUCUCGGAAGGGCUUCUCGGCGGGCGCCGCGCCCCGCCCCGGCCCAGCCGCAGGCGCUUCCCGCGGCGCGCCUUUUACGGCUUUCCCGGCCGGAGCAGCGGCGCGGCCGGGUCCGCCCCCGCGCUCUCCCCGCCCCGCGCCGGCGCUCUGCUCGCGGCCGAGGGAUGGCCGGCGAGGAGCGCGGGGGCGCCGCGGCGGCGGAGCAGGCGAGGGCGGCGGAGGAGGAGGAGGUGGUGGAGGUCCGCCUGGGCGCGCGCCGCUUCCCGCCGGUGCGCAAGCGGCGGCUGAUCGAGCAGAGCGACUUCUUCCGCGCCCUGUACCGCUCGGGCAUGCGGGAGGCGGCGGCGGCGGCGGCGGCGGCGGGCGCCGGGCCGGAGGUGCAGCAGCUGCGCGGCGGGCUGAGCGCGGCGGGACUGGCGCGGGUGCUGCGCUUCAUCGAGACGGCGCGGCUGGCGCCCGAGGAGCCCGCCGAGGCCGGCGCGCUGGCCGAGCUGGUGGAGGCCGCCGCCUUCCUGCAGGUGACGCCGCUGCUGCGCCUGCUGCGCUCGCGGGUGCGGCUGCCCAACUGCCUGGAGCUGCACCGCCUGGCGCGGGACUUCGGGCUGCCCGAGCUGCGCGACGCCUGCCUCGACUUCAUGGCCGGCCGCCUGCACCAGCUGCUGGCCCGGCCCGAGGCGCCGCCCGCCGCCCUGGCGCGCCAGCUGCGCCAGCGCCGCGCUCGCGGCCGGCCCGCCCUGCUGCUGCUGGGCGCCUUCGCGAACUGGCCGCCGCUGCUGCGCUACGCGGAGGGCGCGCGGCGCUGGGAGCCGCUGCCGCCCGCCGAGCCGCCGGCCGAGCUGCUGCGGGUGCGCGGCUCCGGCGCGGCCGCGCUGGACAACUACCUCUUCGUGGCGGGCGGCCACCGGCCGGGCAGCCAGGAGAUCGCGGCCGCGCACCGCUACAACCCCUGGCUGAACGAGUGGCGCCCGCUGGCCUCCCUGAACCAGCCCAGGGCUAAUUUUAAGCUCUUGGCCGUGAGUGGAAAAUUGUACGCCGUCGGGGGCCAGUCUCUCUCCAGCGUUGAGUGUUACGAUCCAGAGCAGGACUGGUGGACCUUUGUGGCACCGUUGCCAGCUCCCCUUGUGGAAUUCUCAGCCUGUGAAUGCAAGGAGAAGAUUUAUGUCAUGGGAGGCUACACCACAAGAGGCCGGAAUCUGAAUAUCUUGGAAUACUGUCCCAUCUCUGACAAGUGGACUAACUUUGAAACGUGUGGAAUCCACAUUCGCAAGCAGCAAAUGUUAUCGGUAGAAGAGACCAUCUAUAUAGUGGGUGGCUGCAACCACUACCUGGAUUCAAAUGAGAGGUCUGGUCAGAAUGAGGGUCUGUUAACUGUGCAGGCUUACAACGUGGUUACCAAGCAGUGGCUCUACCUCAGAGAAUACACGUCCAAAUCGGGCCUUAACUUGACUUGCACUUUGCACAACGAUGGGAUUUACAUCCUGAGCAGAGAUAUUACCUGGUCCACGAGCUUGGAGCACCGGGUUUUCCUAAAAUACGAUAUAUUUUCAGACAGGUGGGAAUCACUGAGAAACUUCCCAACCUUUGGACAAAACAUGCUGAUCUCUUCUUUGUAUUUUCCAGAUCUGAUCUGAAUUUGAUUCAUUGCAGAACAGUCACAAACACUUUUACAGGACGUUUGAGUUAAUAAUGCUCAAAAUAUAACUGCAGCAAAAAUG